AAAGAAUGGCGUGUUCCAUUUCAUCACAAAAUAUUGUAGCCAUUUCAGAUCUGCACCCAAACCUUGCUCAUCCUAGUAUAAUUGGUGUGGUGAUUGGGAAAACAGAUGCCAAAGGCUUUCCAGACAGAAAAAAUAUUGGAUCAGAAAGAUAUACUUUUUGUUUUACUGUUCGUGAUUCCCCAUCAUGGUUCAUAAAUGUAAAUUCCUGGGGAAAAGAGGACUAUAUUAAAUCACUUUCAGAAAGCUUUAAAGUUGGUGAUUGUGUUGUAAUUGAAAAUCCUUUAGUGCAGACAAAAGAGGUGGAAAAAGAAGAAAAAUUCAACCCUACAACACCAAGCAGCUACAAAUUAUUGCUCAGUGAGAAUCAUUCUGCAGUCAGAAUCUAUGAAGUAGACACCAGACUGCUGUCUCUGUUGCAUCUACCUGUCAAGAACCCUCAAGAUUUUUACUCACUGGGGGAUAUUGUGGCCAAUGGACAAAGCCUGGAUGGAAAAAUAAUUAAUAUUCUUGCUGCUAUUAAAUUAGUUGGUGAACCAAAAUAUUUUGCUACUUCAGACAGGCGGAAAGGCCACAGAUGUGAAGUAAGGCUGUAUGAUGAUAGUGAGUCUUCCUUUGCAAUGAUAUGCUGGGACCAUGAAUCUAUUCAGCUUGCACAGAGCUGGGUACCCCAAGAAACAGUAAUAUUUGCAUCUGAUGUAAGAAUAAAUUUUGACAAAUUUAGAAACUGUAUGAUUGCAACUGUAAUCUCAAGGACCAUCAUUACUAUUAAUCCUGAUACAGCAGAAGCAAAUAUUUUAUUCAACUUUAUAAGACAAAGUCCAGAAAUAUUAGACUUGGAUGAUGAAAUGAGAGAUCAGUUCAAGGAGUCCAUAAAUUUGCAGACAAUAGCUGACAUUUAUACUGUGGAACAAUUAAAGAUGAAAGCUUUGCAAAAUGAUGGAAAACCAGAACCAUUUUAUGGCAUUAUUUUUGCCUACAUUUCUACAUUGAAUAUUGAUAAUGAAGCAAGUAAAGUAAUACGGAACAGAUGUGUCAAGUGCCACUAUGUUGUCAAUGAAAAGACAAAUACAUGUUCUUUCUGUAGCAGCACUAACUCCUUAGAUGCUGAUGCUGUGCCAGUGUUUGCCAGCUUUGAUUUACUAGUUGAUCUAACUGACCACACAGGCACUCUUCACUUCUGCACUCUCUCAGAUAUAAUAGCUGAAGAAACUUUAGGUUACACGGUCCAAGAAUUUCAAGCUCUGACAGAAGCACAAAAGACAGCAUUAAAAUGGCAACUUCUUCUAGAAAGAAGCAAAAUUUAUUUUAAAGUUAUUCUUUCUACCACAGCACGAACUGGGCUGAGAGUGAAACUACUUUCUUGCAAGCUAGCAGAUCCAAUGGAGGCUUGUCAAAACCUGCCUGGAAAAGGAAAAUAACUACAUUGUGCAUCUUCAAAACAACUGGAAUUCUCAUUUUAUCAUAGCAUGGUGAAAUGCCAUCUUUGGAGGUGGGUGCACACUCAGUGCAAAGGCC